GCUGCCUUGACUACCAGAUUCCACAGGUAGCAGUCGGGCUACGGAGGCCGGGUGGCCAGAAGAGGCGAUCUCUGUGCUGAGGACAGACUGUUGGAGAGACAUUGGAAGUUCUUGACCUCGCAGCUUGUGAAGUGCUUUGAAGUGAAUAUUGAAGCACGCUGUCAAGGAAGGGAAAGAAUUUAAGAAACACGUGCAGUGGAGUAAUAUGAGCUGGAGUCAUAGACUCUGCGGGAAGACCCUCGGGGGAAUUGUGUGAGGAAAAGAAGAACAUUUAGACUCCCCAAGUUCUUCAUUUGCAUCUUUGUUGAAUCUAAGGCAACAGUGAUAAAAGUAUGGAUAAAGAUACAUCUGCUACGCAACCAUCCAGCUUACUUGAAAGGGAUCCUGCCUUUCAAGUGAUUUCAGUUCCUAAGGAAACAGGUCUAGGUCUGAAGAUCCAGGGUGGAAUUAACAGGAACGAAGGACCGUUGGUAUAUAUUCAUGAAGUCAUUCCUGGAGGCGACUGUUACAAGGAUGGACGUUUGAAGACAGGAGAUCAACUUGUCUCAGUAAACAAGGAAUCUAUGAUUGGUGUUUCUUUUGAAGAAGCAAAAAACAUAAUUACCAGAGCAAAGUUGAGGUCAGACUCUCCUUGGGAGAUAGCAUUUAUCAGACAAAAAUCUUACUGUGGCCAUCCAGGAAAUAUUUGCUGUCCAUCCCCAUUACAAGGUUCAGAAGACUAUGGACCUCAAACCUCAGCAUUUCAUCUUCUCUCCCCUCCCACUAAAACACUAGUUCCAAAGACUUCAUCCACUCCCAAGAAUCAGGACUCUACUUUACCUUCUUUUAAAGCAAUUCAGACAAUACCUGGAUACAGUAAAACAGAACAUACUCCAGUUACUCCUUUGGACAACAGCCCUACAGAUACAUCUACUCCAGAUAUUGCUCCUGCUUGGACUGAUGAUGAUUCUGGACCACAAGGAAAGAAGAUUUCCCUAAAUCCUUCUGUUCGCCUUAAGGCAGAGAAACUGGAAAUGGCUCUCAAUUACCUUGGUAUCCAGCCAACAAAGGAGCAACAGGAAGCCCUGAGACAGCAAGUCCAGGCCGACUCAAAGGGGACUGUGUCUUUCGGAGAUUUUGUCCAGGUCGCCAGAAAUUUGUUUAGCUUACAGUUGGGUGAAGCAAAUGUUGGUGUCCGUGAAAUCUCCAGCAUCUUAGACUCACAGCUUCUUCCCUGUGAUUCUCUAGAAGCAGAUGAAAUGGGAAAACUUAGACAAGAAAGAGAUGCUGCUCUGGAAGAAGGGAGUGUGCUUAAGGAGAAAUUACUUGAAUCGGAGAAGCAUAGGAAACAGCUGAUGGAAGAGCUCCAGACUGUGAAACAAGAAGCCAAAGCUGUAGCUGAAGAAACACGAGCUCUGAGAAGCCGGAUUCAUCUUGCUGAAGCUGCCCAGAGGCAGGCGCAUGGCAUGGAAAUGGACUAUGAAGAGGCGAUCCGUCUGCUAGAGGCUGAAAUCUCAGAGCUAAAGGCUCAGCUUGCUGAUUACUCUGACCAAAAUAAAGAAAGCAUCCAGGACCUGAGAAAGAGGGUCACAGUUCUUGACUGCCAGUUGAGAAAAUCAGAAAUGGCUCGGAAAACUUUUAAGGCAUCUACUGAACGGCUCCUUCAUUUUGUAGAGGCUAUUCAAGAAGUGCUUUUGGAUAGUUCUGCUCCUUUAUUAAAUUUAAGCGAAAGAAGAGCUGUGCUCUCCUCGCAGACUUCGCUUCCACUGCUGGGAAGAAAUGGACGGCGCAGCCUCCCAGCAGCCCUGCUCCUGGAAUCCAGGGAGCUCAUUAGAUCUGUUCACGCCAUUCUUGAUAUGGACUGCUUACCUUACGGGUGGGAGGAAGCUUACACAGCAGAUGGAAUCAAGUACUUCAUCAACCACGUAACACAGACCACGUCCUGGAUCCAUCCCAUGAUGAGCGUCCUGAACCUGUCCUGCUCAGAGGAGAAUGAAGAGGACUGUCCCAGAGAGCUAACGGACCAGAAAAGCUGACGGCUUUCCAUAGACAUGGGGUUCCAGAGUGUUCUGGCUUUCCAGUCUGUGUGCACAACCAGACACAGGACACCACACCCUGAGAAACAGGAAUGCAGAACAUGCAAUGGGUGGCGUGUCAAGUUGAAACUGUGGUAUUUCCAUGUUAAUG